AUGUCAACCUACGUAGUGCAGGGCCUUGCCUACUUCGCAACGCACCCGCGUCUGUGGCUCUCGACGCUGUGUCCGCUACUUUUGACACUCAUCGUGGCCAUCACCUCCGUGGUCGUGCUCUUCUCCGUCGCUUUGGUGCCUCAAGCCGAGGGAUUGGAGGAUGCGGGUGUAGCCAAGUGGCUCUCAUGGCUGCUGGCCGUCAUGCUCGUACUGGUGGAGAUCUUCCUCGUCACGCUCAUCUACAACCUCGUCAUCAUGGGCUGCUACCAGGAUAAGGUCUUCGAACAGGUUAUGGUUGCACGCGGCUUCAAGGAGAUGGUGGAAGAUGAGGACCGUCACGCCGGUUGUGUCCGCGCCUGUCGCUCUUGUUGCCGUGUGAGUCUCUGGCUACGCCUCAUACUGCUGAUCGUGACACUUCCUCUUAAUUUGAUCCCGAUCAUCGGCUCCAUCAUCUACGCGUGGCUCAAUGGCACCAUCUUAGCCUGGGAGUAUCAUUUGCUCUACUUUGAGUUCAAGAACUUCAACUACGCUCAACAGAAAGCCUUCGUCAAAGAGCACAAAGUGCAGUACUCGUCCUUCGGCAUGCAGGCACUACUCAUGGAAAUGAUCCCAGGUGUCGGCUCGAUCUUCGUGUUCACCAACACGGUGGGGGCGGCACUGAUGGCUGCCCAUUUUGAGGAGGAGGAGGAACGCGAGCGCACGGCACUGCAACAUGGUGGCGUGCAGCCCAACUACGCCAACACCAACGCGUACAACCAUGGCUACGUGCCGUCCGGAGGCAUUUCUCAACGCAACAUGUCGACGUACGUAGCUCAGGGGCUCGCCUACUUCCUGUCACAUCCGCCGCUGUGGAAGAUGACCUUUUGUCCCGUAGUUUUGACGAUUGUCGUGGGCAUGACUACGGUCAUUGUGCUGCUCGGUGCAGCGAUGUAUCCGCAGGAACAAGCGCUCUACGACGCUGGAGUGCCGGAAGGUCUGGCCUGGGUGCUGGCUAUCAUGUUGUGUCUCGUGGAGAGCUUCGUGAUCGUCAUGAUUUACAGCUUGAUCUGCCUUGCCUGCUACCAGGACAAGAUAUUCGAGUACGUAAUGCGCGAACAAGGGCACACCGAGCUCGUGGCCAACAAGCGCAAGCAUGCGUCAUGUAUCCGUAUCUGCACAAGUUGCUGUCGCGUGAGUGUGCUACUGCGUCUCGGUCUGCUGGUGGUCUCGGUGCCUUUAAACGUUGUGCCUGUGGUAGGCAACACCAUGUACGCGUGGCUGAACGGCCAGAUCGUGGCGUGGGAGUAUCAUUUCUUCUACUUCGAGCUCAAGAACUACAGUUUCGAACAGCAGCAAGCGCUCAUUGACGAACGUAGUAUGCAAUACAGACUCUUUGGCAUGCAAGCGUUGCUGCUGGAGAUGGUGCCAGGUAUCGGAGCAGUCUUCAUGUUCGCCAAUACCGUCGGCGCCGCUUUAUUCGCUUCCAGUAUCGAGAGGGAGGAAGCCGCCAAGCAACCGCCGGUUCAGACAGAAGAGCCCGACUUGUAUCGCUCUCUCGUGUAG